CGAUCAAUAAAGUAUUAGUAGUUAGUAGAGAAAAGUAGCUCUUUUAUCGUAUUUUCUAGUUCUUUCGCUAAAUCGCUCGAGAUCACCGGUGCGUGAAAUCCCGUUCCGCAUCAAUUGGUAUCAGAGCCUGGUUCCGAGGAACCGAGCUCGACGAUGCUCGCAUAUAGGGCAUGCUUUCCGCCGAUCGAUGAGAGGUCUUGCAUCAUCAAGAAGCAACUGGACGAACGCAGAAGGUUGUCGAGGGAUGAAGCUUUACAGCUUGUCGAUGGAGAACCACCGAUCGAGAUUGACGAGCCGCCGGAUAAACCUCCUAGUCCGGCCGAUGCAGAGAUCUCGUUGUCUGCUCUCAAAGACGUUUCCAAGUCGACGAUCAUCCGCUUCGACACCACCAUCCGUCAAGAACCAGCUGCCGCCUUCGUCGAUAGUGCAUCAUCGCACAAUUUUGUGAGUUACGAAGUUGCCGAGAGGUUGUUCUUGCGAUCUACGGAGAUUCCGCCUUUCGAAGUUAAGGUAAUUAAUGAAGAUUCCCUAUUGUGCCAACGAUGCUACGAAGCGGUACCAAUCGAGAUACAAGGGGUACAAAUUCAGGCCGACUUGUACGAGCUACCACUACGUGGAGUUGACGUCGUUCUCGGUGGUCAAUGGCUUAAGCACGCAAGUCCUAUAUCUUUUGAUUGGAGGAACGCCACCAUGCGUUUCAAAGAUAAGGGGUCGUGGGUCACAUUGCAAGGAGCCAUUAAUCCAGACAACGAAGAUACAGCUGCCGACGGGAGUUUGCGCGAUAAUGACGUCAAGCCGCGAAAGACUGGAUGCCGCAACCGAGGGGGUCAGUCGAGUCUUCAAACGUCAAAGCCCAUGGAGCCAACGCUGAAGGAAGUCUCCCCCGCCAUUGAUGUUGUCCUCUCCGCCGCCACGUCGGCAACAUCCUCGACAUGGAUUUGCUCCACGACAGUCCGUGAGCCUGAUGUGGCUGGAUGAGGAUCAAACUCGGUGGCGAACAGCUUGAUUCAAGGCUGCAUCGGACCGUCCAUGGGCGGCCUAACUGGGGCUCUCUUGUACGGAGUGGGUUUGAUGGUGGCUACGGUUGAUAGUGCCAUGGGACUUGCGGGUGGAACCAUAAAGGAGGUCGGCGCACAUUCGUGUACGAAGACCUUGACGUCUUGGGACCCUACGACGGAGGCAAGUACAUCCUUUGGUUUUAACAAGGCUAAUGAUGGAACUCUCUCCAUGCCAGGAAUUGAAGGCCACGUUGAAGUGCAAGAUAUGGAGUGGAGGUUUGGUUUUGCAUAUGGUUUGCGGGGAUGGGACGAAGACAACAUUGACAUGAAAAGAACCUGUCCUGGUAUAUAUGUACGUGAGUUGCAUGGGGAAUUGCUUUUGGACAAUGGAGGUUGCUGGACAAGCCAUUUCCUGCAUGAUGAGAUGGAAUUGGAAGAAAGGGAGCUCGAGUGGUGUGCAAGAAAGAACUUGAUGGUAC